CUCUCUCUCUCUCUCUCUCAAAAUGGGCAAUGCAGUGUCUCCGUGUUUUCCACAGAAAACAAACUUAGCUGUAAAAGUUAUAUUUUCAGAAGGAACCACAAGACUCCUCAGAGGAAAGCACGUAGCUGGAGAGAUCAUGUUCGAGUUUCCAGACCAAAUGGUUUGCCAUGCGGACUCUUUCUUCAUCGGCCACCCCGUCCCGGCGUUAGCCAUAGACGAUGAGCUCAUUCAUGGACAGACCUACUUUGUUCUCCCCCUUGAUUGCUUCGCAUGCAGGGUCCUCUCGGCCUCCUCGCUCGCCGCCUUAGGCUCCUCCUCAAGCCCCAACAAGAAGGCUCCGAUUAAUUUCGGAGAGUCCCCGUUCGAGUACAUAAAGGGUUCGAACGGGAAGGUCUUGAUCAAGGUUGUGCCAGACUUCAUAACAAGGCUAAUUACAAGAGCUAAUAAUAAGGAAAUUGACGGGCCGCCUGUUACUAGCCCUAGCAAUAGUUUUCUUUGUAGCACGCCUGAGUUGCAAAAGCACUAUGAACAGCUUGUUGGGUCUAAAGAGCAAUUGUGGUCGCCUAAGCUUGAUACCAUUUCUGAAUACAAGGUUAGGUUUUCACCAUGCAAAUUCAUAGGGCUGGAGUGGAAACAGAAAGAGAGUGAAGUCAUGUAAUUGUUUAAUCUCUUUUAUUAAUUGAGUGACAAAGUUAAUUGGUUAAUUUACUACCAGCUAGUACAUAUUGUGUUUUCUUCAUUCCUGUGUCCUGAUUCAUUCAUGAGUUGUAAAAAGUUGAUUAUAUAAUAGGAAAUUAAAAUUGCUUUCUUAGUUGUA